GUAGACGCGGGUCUCGCGAGAAGUGGAGUUGCUGUGUCUUCCUGAGAGGGGCGGAGGCCCGGCGGUGCUGCACGUGUGGGUUACCGCCGUAGCUCUGGCGGGCUGCCAUCCAGGUCUGUUUUAAGUUGGAUUUGAAACCGUGGAGAUGCGGAAGGAUAACCCGUCUUCGCUAGUGCCCCCGGCGGCCCGCGAGUGGAACCUUCCCCCUAAUGCGCCCGCCUGUAUGGAACGGCAGUUGGAGGCUGCGCGGUACCGGUCUGAUGGGGCGCUUUUGUUGGGGGCCUCUAGCCUGAGCGGCCGCUGCUGGGCCGGCUCCCUUUGGCUUUUCAAGGACCCGUGUGCCGCCCCCAACGAAGGCUUCUGCUCCGCCGGUGUUCAGACGGAGGCUGGAGUGGCCGACCUCACUUGGGUGGGGGACAAAGGUAUCUUGGUGGCUUCUGAUUCAGGUGCUGUUGAAUUGUGGGAGCUGGAUGAGAAUGAGACACUCAUUGUCAGCAAGUUCUGCAAGUAUGAGCAUGAUGACAUCGUGUCUUCCGUCAGUGUCCUGAGCUCUGGCACACGAGCUGUCAGUGGUAGCAAAGACUUCUGCAUCAAGAUUUGGGACCUUACUCAGCAAAUGGUACUAAAUUCAUACCGAGCUCACGCAGGGCAGGUCACCUGUGUUGCUGCCUCUCCCCACAAGGAUUCUGUGUUUCUUUCAUGCAGUGAGGACAAUAGAAUUUUACUCUGGGAUACUCGCUCUCCCAAGCCAGCAUCUCAGAUGGGUUGCAAUGCCUCUGGCUAUCUUCCUACCUCCCUGGCUUGGCACCCUCAGCAAAGUGAAGCCUUUGUCUUUGGUGAUGAGAAUGGGACUGUCUCCCUUGUGGACACCAAGAACACAAGCUCUGCCCUCAGCUCAGCUGUGCACUCCCAGUCUGUCACUGGGCUGGUGUUUUCCCCACAUAGCGUUCCUUUCCUGGCUUCCCUCAGUGAAGACUGCUCACUUGCUGUGCUGAACUCCAGCCUGUCUGAGGUGUUUAGAAGCCGAGCCCACAGAGACUUUGUGAGAGAUGCUACGUGGUCCCCACUCAAUCACUCCCUCCUUACCACAGUGGGCUGGGACCAUCAAGUCAUCCACCAUACUGUGCCCACAGAACCUCUCCCAGCCACUGGAUCUGAAAAUGUUGCUGAGUAGAGUGGAUUUCACACACAAAUAGACAGCCACUUAUGAGUACCCACUCCUUUAACCUGCCUGUCCGUUAUGAGACCACACAGGAGCCUGGGACAGGAUGCUGGUUCUAGAUCACUGCAGUUCCUAGGCACUGUUUCUCAGCCUGAGGAAGGCUGGAUUCUAGGAUCCUCCUCACAGGGAGGAAAAUCUUCCUUGAAAAUGGAUAAGAAUGUAUGUGUGUAAGUGCAGUUUUUAGUGUGGGGAGAGGGAAUAAAGAAAUCCUUCAUCUUCCCCACCCAGUGCUCUCUCCACCCCCCAAAAAAAUGUUGACGGAAGAAUUUCAUGCUGUUCCUGUAGCUCUGUGGUGAACUGGCCAUGUCUGGGCGGGUUAUGGGAUGGAUGUAGACAUCCCUGAGAUCUUGUAAGCAGCUCUGUGCCAUUCAUAGAUGGGGCAACUUUUAUUUUUUUAAUAAAACUUAAUGCAGGGGCUGGGAA